AAUACGUGUAAACUACCUAUCCUUUUUGAAUAAGGAAGGCAGCAAAGUCAAUGUGUUUUAAAUGACAUGCUUCCUGCCGCCCCGGUUCCUCUUAACGUGUUUUUGUGUGUGUGAACGAGAGGGAUGUGGAUGUCAGCAACUUGUGGUUAUUGCCUCGUGCACCUUGCUGAAGGUGGCGUAGAGUUUCAUUGGAGACAGAGUUUAGAGGCUCAGAGAGACAGGAGGUGAGACAGUGGGAUGGCCAGCCUAUCACCACCCUUCAACUUCUGCUUUCUCUGGCUCAGCGUCCUACACUGUGUGUCUGGUGCCUUUCUGCUCCCUCUUAAACGCAUGUGCGUGUCCAUGCAUCCACAGACGGCUGGCAGCGCUUGCUGAAGAGCAUCAGAACCAGGGCUGAGAUGUGGGUGCAUGUAUUUGUGACCUCUGUGCUUCUUCUCUCAGGAGUCGGGGCGAGUAAGUGGCUGGUGUAUUUCUCCAGGACGGACAUCUGCGUUUGGGCCGGGACCACAGUAACACUGCCGUGCCGUUAUGAUUACCCUUCACCCUACAGCUCUACGCGGGUCAUGUGGUUUCACAUCUCUGCAGAAGGCAGACGGGAGGUGGCUUACCAUACUGAUGGGAAUCUGUUGAGCCCUUCGUACAGGGACAGGAUCAGAUAUAUAGGGGGCCACAAAAGAUGCAGUUUGCAGAUCACGAACGCGAAGCUGAGCGAUGCAGGAACGUACCAUUUCAGAUUCGAGACCGACAACCAGCAGGGCCGGUGGACCUCUCCUGACGCCAUCACACUGUCCGUCACAGAGCUUCAGGUUCAUGUACAUCCACCGAGAAUAGGCAACAUGUUUGCUGCUGGCGAGACAGUCUUCCUGAGCUGUGUGGCGCGAGGCUGUGCCGCCCCUGGCAAAAACUUUGCCCUUUAUCGGAAUGGGCUUAACUUGGGUCAAUCCAACAAGCUGUCAGCCAUCUAUAACUUUGACAGUCAGCAUGCAGGUACCUACACCUGCCGUCCAAUACCUCCUCAAAACGUUCAGUCACCGGGAGUCUCCCUGGCUCUGGGAUAUGCUCCUCGCUACACCGCGGUGCAGAUCACCCCUCGAGAGGCGGUCAGGGAGGGCGAUUCGGUGACUUUGACCUGCAGUAGCGAUGGAGCUCCGCCAGCAGAAAGUUUUGCCUGGUUUAAGGAAGGAGAGAGUGGCAGCGUGCCAGACAGCUUUAAACCUGAGCUGAGAUUGUGGAGUUUGGACUACAGGGACCAUGGAGAGUACUUCUGUGUGGCCCGCAACCCGCUCGGCACAGACCGGUCCAGACCGCUUUUACUCAAUGUUACCUACUCCCCAAAGAACACCAGAAUCCUCAUCGGUCCUAAAGGAGACAUCAAGGAAGGGUCUGCUGUCAAUCUGACCUGCAGCAGCAACGCUAACCCUGCUGUGCAGAAAUACGCCUGGUACAAAGUGAACGGUGGUCAGCCCUGGACCAAAGGCGCUGCUCAAAAUCUCACCUUUCCUAGCGUGCGUUCCCAUCAUGCUGGACAGUACUACUGCACCGCGUGGAACGUGUUCGGCAUGGGGACGUCACCCAUUAUUUCCCUUAUAGUACUGUAUGCCCCCAAAAACACCUCUGUGCUGGCUCGGCCUUCCACUGUGAUCGAAGCGGGCAGCUCGUUGACGCUGACCUGCAUCAGUCAGGCCAAUCCGGCGGUGGAGAACUACACCUGGCACCGGAUCAAUGCGGCUGACGCCUGGGAAACCCGAUCGGGUCCCAGCUACACCAUUGCUGAGGUCAGCCCUGGAGCCAGCGGCCAGUACUACUGCGAGGCCCGAAACCGCAUCGGAGCGCACAGCUCCCCGGUUCUGACGGUGAAAGUUCGAGGUCGACUGAAGGUUAUCGCACUGGCAUCUGCAGUAGGCGUUUCUGUCGGAUUAAUAUCUCUAACCGUGGUCGUCAUGAUCAGUAAAAACAUGCAUCGCGUGGACAUCGAAAAUCUUGAGGAGGAAAAAGAGUGUUCGCCAGUAGUUGACUUGCCAGUGGACCAUACACCGUUCAGUAAAUCAACCUCAGAGACGUUUCUCAUAAAGAACGCAAAAAUGUCAGACAUUCCGCAACUUCGAAAUGAGUUUUAUUUGGUUCAGGAGGAGCCCGAGGAGAUUUACGAAACCACCCACCCCGCCAUCAUGCCCCUGAAAGAAGCCUCUCAGAGCGCCGAGGAACAGGGAAAAAUCAACUACAUUACGGUGCAUUAUUCUCGCAUGCCCAGGUUAAACACAAUUACACAGUCCACGCGUGCUGGUUUGCGCCAGUCCUCUGUCGUAUUAAUGCCACGGUUAUUGUGUCUGUUAUCUUUAUUUACAGUCGGGACCAGGCGAAGGUCACAAACAUACCUCUAGAUGGAGACAAGACGCUCAAAGAUGGGCCUAAUGUUGUUUAUACCGUCCUCACCAACCAACCGAUAGAUGAAGUAGACGAAUCUGGAGUGUAAAGCGGUCAGCCGAUGGAAGAAAUUGUGAAAACCGUUUUUUUUAAUGACAUGCACUUACGGACCAUUUGGUGUAGCCUGAAUGUCAGAGACUUGAAAAUAGGAUACAAAAGUAGAAAAAAUACCCACUGGAUGGUCAGUCUGAUUGCGUCCAGCUGCAGCUUGCCCUGAUCAAAUCCAGCUGCUCAAAACUAUACACUACUGUUUAAAUGUUUGGGAUCAGUAAGAUUUUUUAAGGUUUUUUGAAGCAGUCUCUUACGCUCUUUAUUCCUUUUCACCAAGAACACAGUAAAAACAGGCGUAUAGUUAAGUGAUUAGAAUAUAUAAUAACUUUGUAUUACGUUUUAAAAUGUAAUUUUCAGCAUCACUGAGCAGCAUUCGGUCACAUGAUGCUUCAUCAAUCAGUUGCUUGCUGAUUUUCAUUUUUAUUAAUGUGUGAUAUUUUUGUGGAAACGCAUUCUUUUCGUUUAUGUUUGAUAAAUAACUUUAACAGAAAUUUAGAAAUAGGCAUUUUUUGGAACAUUAUAAAUGUUUUACUGUCACAUCUGAUGCAUCCUUGCUUAAAAAACAACAACAACAAAAAAAUAUGUUAUAUGUUCAUGUGUGAUACGAUUAAAUGCAACAUAAACAAAUGAUCCCACUUAGUAAAUACUAAAUUUAAUUAACAUUAACAAACAAAAAAACAAUAUCUAUAUGCAUAUUCUUGGCAUUACUGCCAUAUCAGAAUACUGAAGACACAUGCAAUAUCCGUUGUUGUUGUUGUUGUUGUUGUUGUUGUGGAGCUGAUUGAAGAUUCAAGGGUAAGUAAAUAACAACACUGAUAACUGAAGGUAGAAUGAGAGGCGGUUUUCUAUGAUUUACAAUGUGAGAUUUCUACUGUAUCUAACCUGCUGUCUUAAUAAAUUCCUCACUAUC